CUGAGGAAGGCUCUCUACACACACAAGAGGUGGCUGUGUUUGUCCCCGAUCCUGACGUGUGGUUUCUGGAGAGUACUCACUACAUGGCGGUCCGCCUUGGCGACGUUGCCACGGUGCCCUGUCUGGUGACCGACCCCCACAUCAACGUGACGUUGGUCCACGCCAUCACGGAGCGCGCAGUGGACGGAGCCUACAGGCCGACGGACGGCUUCACGGGCGUCAUGGAGGAGGACGACUACCGUUGCCGCGGCGAGCAUGAUGGGAAGACCACAGACUCCGAACCUUUCCACGUCUACAGCAUCAUCGUUCCAAUGGGGAUGAGUGUGUACGUUAAUGCAUCACACACAGUCCUGAAGACAGGGGAGAGUGUGAGUGUUAACUGCACUCAGCAUGGGGCCGAACUCGUCCACUUCCACUGGGACUACCCAAACGAGGAGGAGGCUGUGAUGGCGCAGACGGAGCAGUUGUCGCGUACGGUGGUGCGCUCCUACUUGAGCCUGGCCCACGCCACACCGGCCGACUCCGGCGAGUACGUGUGUCACGUCAGAGAGACCGUUUUCGAACAGACGGCGUCCGCCAGCAUCUUCAUCAAUGUCCUGGAAAGGGGUUUCGUGAGGACCUUGUCUCCCCUGAAGAAGAGGAUGUUGUCACGGUUACAGACUACAGAGGAACUGAGGGUUGAGUUUGAAGCGUACCCCCACCCUGACGUGAAGUGGACCAAGGAUGGACACUAUCUCCCUCCGAAUAAGGACAACGUCAUCAGCUUACGCCAGGACAGUGAAUCCAGGUUUGUAAGCACCCUGACUCUGGUGAGGAUUCGGUCAGAACAGAGAGGUCUGUACAGAGCUCACAUCAGCAAUGUAGACGACUACAGAGAAGUCGCCUUCGACCUGGAGGUCCAGGAGCCUCCUCGCAUCACAGAGUUGACCGACGUGUCCCUCACGGGGCAGAGGCAUGCUGUCACGUGUGUCGCUGAGGGAGUCCCGCCCCCCAAUAUCAGCUGGUACAGCUGUGAUGUCACACACAGGUGUGACAACAGCAACAGCAGUGUGUUGAGGCCACUCUCGUCCAGCUCGGAGGGCGUGAGCGUGGAGACAAGUGUGGCGUUCAACACGUCGCGUCACACACACCAGACGCGCAGUCAGCUGAUCUUCCAGCAGCCACAGCUCCUCACCGUCCGCUGCCACGCCCACAACACACUCGCCCUGAGCACGCAGAACAUCAAACUCGUCUCUAAGACCCUGUUUUCCCAGGUGGCAGUGCUAGCAGCAGUUCUUGCACUGGUUGUCAUCAUCAUCAUCUCCAUCAUCAUACUCAUUGCUGUCUGGAGGAAGAAGCCUCGUUAUGAGAUCCGUUGGAAGGUGAUUGAGUCUGUGAGUCUGGAUGGUCAUGAGUACAUCUAUGUGGACCCCAUCCAGCUGCCCUAUGACCUGACCUGGGAGAUGCCCAGAGACAGCCUUGUACUGGGUCGGACUUUGGGCUCAGGAGCGUUUGGCCGUGUUGUCGAGGCAACAGCUUAUGGUCUUAGCCACGCUCAGUCUACCACCAAAGUGGCCGUGAAGAUGUUGAAAUCCACUGCGAGGCGGAGCGAAACUCAGGCUCUGAUGUCAGAACUGAAGAUCAUGAGUCACCUAGGACCUCAUCUCAACAUAGUCAACCUGCUGGGAGCAUGCACCAAACAGGGACCCCUGUACCUAGUGACAGAAUACUGUCGCUAUGGUGACCUGGUGGACUACCUUCACCGUAACAAGCACACGUUCCUUCAGUACUACGCCGACAAGAGCCGCCUGGAGACUGACCUCUACUGCAACGGAACCAUAGAACGCACCGGAAAAGGGUAUGUGUCGUUCGGCAGUGAGUGUGAUGGCGGGUACAUGGACAUGAGUCGUGAUGAGCCAAGUGAAUACGUGUCCAUGCACGACCACUCGCUCACACACACCAUCAAGUACGCCGACAUCCAGCCCUCAGACUACCAAUCACCAUACCAACAGGACAUCUACCAGGAGCAAGGCCAAGGUGUGGACGAGUCCCUGGUCAUUAGCGACUCUCCGCUCCUGAGCGUCACAGACCUGAUCGGCUUCAGCUACCAGGUGGCAAAGGGCAUGGAAUUCCUGGCCUCCAAAAACUGUGUCCACCGUGAUCUGGCUGCUCGGAAUGUUCUGGUGUGUGAAGGUAAACUAGUGAAGAUCUGCGACUUUGGACUUGCCCGUGACAUCAUGCAUGACUCAAACUACAUAUCUAAAGGCAGCACGUUCCUCCCACUGAAGUGGAUGGCCCCAGAGAGCAUCUUCCAUAACCUGUACACGUCUCUGAGUGACGUUUGGUCUUUUGGCAUCCUGCUCUGGGAGAUCUUCACUCUGGGGGGGACUCCAUAUCCAGAUCUGCCCAUGAACGAGCUCUUCUACAGCGCACUGAAGAGAGGCUAUCGCAUGUCCAAACCUUCACACGCCACUGAUGACAUCUAUGAUGUGAUGAGAAAGUGUUGGGAAGAGAAGUUUGAAAAGCGUCCUGAGUUCUCCUUCCUGGUGCACACCAUGGGCAACAUGCUGACCGACGCCUACAAGAAGCGAUACUGUCAGGUGAAUGAUAGUUUCCUGCGGAGUGACCACCCUGCUGUGGUCCGCACUAAGCCACGCCUACUGGCCCCGUUCCCCACCACAUCCCCCCUCACCCCCCCCUUCCUGCCCCCCUGCAACGAGUACAUCAUCCCCCUCCCUGACCCCAAGCCUGACCUCACCUGCCAGGACCCCUCCAUCCCCACCGAGAGCACAUCCAGCUCUGUCUCUGAGGACUCGAUGUCUCUGGAACCAGUGAUCGACGUUUCUGAGGAGCAGAAGUUGAUUCCUGAUCGGAACAGUGAACCGAGAGAAGUCGCCGGGACUCCAGACGUGGAAGAGAGCUUCCUAUAGAGUCAAGCUAGAGAAACACACACACACACACACACACACACACACACACACACACACACACA